AUGGUCCCAUGUAGUUGGGGGAUAGCGACCCGGAGGACUUCCAACUAUGUUGCCCUCAACAAGUUCACAAGAACGCCAACAGAUGGCCUGCUAAAGGAGCAGCGUCUAACAAAUCUUCAAAACCUCAACAACCUCAACAACUUCAAUAACCUCAAUAACCUCAACAUCCUCAACAAUUUCAACAACCACAACAACCUCAACAACUUGAAUAACCUCAAUAACCUCAACAACCUCUACAAUCUCAACAAUUUCAACAAUCUCAACAACCUGAAUAACCUUAAAAACCUCAACAACUUUAAUAACCUCAAUAACCUCAACAACCUCAACAACCUCUACAAUCUCAACAAUUACAACAACCUCAACAACCUGAAUAACCUCAACAAUCUAAAUAAUCUCAACAACCUCAACAACCUCUACAAUCUCAACAAUUUCAACAAUCUCAACAACCUGAAUAACCUCAAAAACCUCAACAACUUGAAUAACCUCAACAACUUGAAUAACCUCAACAACUUGAAUAAACUCAACAACUUUAAUAACCUCAAUAACCUCAACAACCUCAACAACCUCAACAACCUCUACAAUCUCAACAAUUACAACAACCUCAACAACCUGAAUAACCUCAACAGCCUGAACAAUCUCAACAACUUCAAUAACCUCAAUAACCUCAACAACCUCAACAACCUGAAUAAUCUCAACAACUUCAAUAUCUUCAAUAACCUCAACAAUUUCAACAACCUCAACAUCCUGAAUGACCUCAACAACCUCUAUAAUCUCAACAAUUUCAACAACCUAAACAACCUGAACAACCUCUAA